AUGAUUAGAGAUAGAGGGUUGCGGUCAGAGGCAAUAUCGGUGCCACAACUAGGGAUUCCCAUAGGGGUAGUGGAUACGAGCAAUAUUGAGAAAUACCGAAGGCUGAACCCUCCCAUCUUCAAUGGGGGUUUUGAUCCACUAGUGGCGGAUGAUUGGAUAAAGGAGACAGAAAAAUUAUUCGAAGUGAUGACUGUGACUACAGAACAGAGGGUACAGCUGGCUACAUUUAUGUUAAGAGGCGAAAGGAAAGUGGAGUUUACUGAACUUAGACAAGAGAGGUUGUCUGUGGUGGAAUACGCCGAAAAAUAUAUAGAUUUGGGUCGGUUUGCGCCCGUGGUCAUGAUGAAUGAAACCAAGAAGGCCAGAAGGUUUGAGAAGGGGUUACGGUCAGAAUUGUAUCACCAAGUGGCUAUGUUUGCAUUGCCUAUAUAUCAGAUGGUAUUGGAGAAGGCACAGUUGAUAGAGGCACUGUAUAAGGAACAGACUGACAAUAAUAAAGGACCCUUCAGUUAUAGACGACCGCCACCAUCUUUUGGUCAAAAGAGAAGAGGCAGAGAGUGGUUCAAGAGGCAAUCCCGGGUCAUCAGAUGGCCCCAUGCAGCGUGA